CGCUGUUGCACUUGCGUGUUUACAGGCGCCCUUCUUCUUCAGGAAAGCGCUGGUUCGUCCGCAUGCUGAGUGUCGUCUCCGUCACUGUUGUUAGAGCGAGAGAAAGCCAAAAAAGCGCCGUUGCGGAUGAGGUUCAGUCCUUGUUGGCAUGCCGCCACGAUCUCGCUGCUCCAGACCUGCUCAGCAGGGGAGGGUCGUCACGUCCACCACGCACGAGACCCACCACCCCUUGCAACACCAACGGGAGCAUCGCCACCUCUGCCGCUGAUGGCCUACGCGUUUUCGCCGUCAACAAGAAGAGCGUUACAUCCAGCCACAACCACCACCUCCUCCCGGAGAAGCUCGGCCUCAAAGCCUCGCCUCGGCCACCGCCACCGGUCCGCCACGCAGAGGACCACGCGGAUGAGCGAGGCGGCACGCCCCGGCGCCGACAGCGGCGUUGCCCUGUGGUUAGACAUGCGUACCGCCGUUCUCCCCGCCGCUCAGACCCUCAAGACGCUAUACGGCGAGCUCCGGCAGAGGGAGGAAGCGCUAGGGCGCAGCCCGGAGGAUACGGACUGGACCCUGAGCCGCGUACCGAACCCGGUCGGGGCGUUGCUCUACGCGGCGGAGCCAGAGGAAAGGGCGGCGGAGGAGAUGGUGGCACUCGGCGAGACCGCGGCGGCGCUCCCGUGCUUUCGGCUAGGCGGCACCGACGGCACAGCAGUAGUGGUGGAUGUUUCGAGCGGGCACGUUGUAGGGGUUAGGGUCGACCCCGUCGGCGACAACGCCGCCGGGGGGGCUGCGGGUAGUUCGGCGGCCAUGGGCAUUGUCGCGGCGGCACAGCAGCAGCGCGACGGCGGCGGCCUCGUGUUUUUGCCGGGGGUGCGGCCGUCUGUCUGGGAGAGCGGGGACAUGGGCACGGUUCUCCGGAUUGCCUCGAGCGCCUGCGCCGGGGCCGGGAAGACGCUCGUCGUCACGACAACGGUGCUCGGGGUGGGCGGGACGGGUGCGGCCGAGGACGGCACUACUCCUCCGCCGAUGGCUUUGCUCAUUGAGCCCAUGCCCGAGCUUUGGGAAGCUGGGUUGCUCUACCUUUGA